AUGUCAGCUGCCGUCGAAACGAAGAAGGAGAAGAGAGAAAGAAAGGAAAAGAAAAAAGAGAAGAGGGAGAAAAGGCUGAAGGUAGAGGAUGAGAGUGACACCGACUCGUCAGCAUCAGACAAGAAAACCCAAGCUGCACAAGAAGAACUCGAGAUCGACUUGAACGCUGGAGUUCCCCUUUCUAAGAAGCAACAGAGAUUGCUAAAAAAGGGUAAGUUGAAUGUGGAGAAGCUUGCAAAGAAGCAUCCUACACCAAAACGUGCAGACGAAGAAGAAACCGAAACAAAGUCUGGCAAAUCGCCCCAUGGUGUGUGGAUUGGCAACUUAUCGUUUGACACCACGAAGGAGGAUCUCGUGAGGUUUAUUGUGGGAAAAACCCAAAUUCUCGCAGAUGAUAAUGUCAAGGUUGCAGAGAGUGAUAUCACCAGAGUGAACCUUCCGAAGAAGAAUGGGAAGAUCAAGGGCUUUGCAUACGUGGACUUUCCUAGCGAAAAGCACGUUGAAAGCGUGAUUCAGCUAAGCGAGCUGAAUCUCAACGGCAGGAACCUCCUCAUCAAGAAUGCAGGCUCGUUUGAGGGCAGGCCCGAGGGCGAUGCUCAGAAGAAGUUGUCGAAGAAUCCGCCGCUGAGAAUCUUGUUUGUGGGAAAUCUCUCGUUCGAUACGAGUGAGAGUGAUCUUGAGGAGCACUUCAGACACUGUGGCGAGAUCUUGAGAAUUCGAAUGGCGACUUUUGAAGACUCGGGUAAGUGUAAGGGGUUUGCGUUCAUAGACUUCAAGGACGAGAGUGGUCCUACAACUGCACUCAAGUCGAAGCUUGCGAAGAAACUCAUAAACCGUCCGUUGAGGCUCGAAUACGGUGAAGACAGAUCAAAGAGAGCUCCUAGCAGGGCGAGAGAGAGAGUUGUGGAGGGGGAGAUAAAGGAGUCCUCGCCUGUGGCUGCCGAAGAGUCAGAAAAUCGUUCUUACAAAGAGAGACCUGCUGCUGCUGAAAAACAAAAACCAAAGAAGAGAACAUUCAACGAGGAACCAGCACCAGGAAAAAGACUCAAGUCGUCUGUGGCUCUUGCCUCUGCUCAAAGAGCGUCUGCCGCAAUUGUCCCCUCUCAAGGCAAAAAGAUCACGUUUGAUUGA